CUUGGUAUUUCACAUAAUAGUCUAACUCCACAAGUCUCGACCGAGGAAAAUGGAACAUAUAUUCAAAACCACUCAUACAACGCAAAUACACACACGCGCGCACACAAAGUACAAAUUUUCACCAGAAUUAUAGUUACCGUCGACAAAUAUUCUGUCUGAAAAUUGAAAUUGUGUUUAAUUUAAAACGACUACCGCUGUCAAGCGUGUGUAUAUACCCAGUGCUAACGAUAUUAAAAGCAUCGUUCGUGCGUUCUCAAGUGUGAACGUCCAUUAACAGAUAUGAACGCUGGAACUGAGGAACCCGCAGCUAGCACGACAGGUGCACCCUUUCCACCAAGCCACAAGCUUAUUAUGAGUGAAGUCUUUGGUGCUAAUGGAAAACCUAAACCAGAAGUUUUGAAACAACACUUUAUUUUGGAGGGUCGUGUGACAGAAGAUGUAGCAUUACGAAUUAUAAAUGAUGGUGCUGCUAUGUUGCGCCAAGAGAAAACCAUGAUCGAAAUAGAGGCCCCUGUUACAGUAUGUGGCGACAUUCAUGGACAAUUUUAUGAUCUAAUGAAACUUUUUGAAGUUGGUGGCACACCAGCAACAACUCGCUACCUCUUUUUAGGAGAUUAUGUAGACCGAGGAUAUUUCAGCAUUGAAUGUGUUCUAUACCUUUGGUCCCUAAAGCUUCUACAUCCAAACACAUUUUUCAUGUUGAGAGGCAAUCAUGAAUGCAGGCACCUUACAGAAUAUUUCACAUUUAAACAAGAGUGUAAAAUAAAGUACACAGAGAGAGUAUAUGAUGCUUGCAUGGAUGCGUUUGACUGUCUGCCACUUGCAGCACUAAUGAAUCAGCAGUUCCUCUGUGUUCAUGGAGGUCUUUCACCAGAAAUCCACACAUUAGAAGAUAUAAGAAAAUUGGACAGGUUCAAGGAGCCUCCUGCAUUUGGUCCAAUGUGUGACCUCUUGUGGUCUGACCCCCUGGAAGACUUUGGGACAGAGAAAACAUCAGAACACUUCACUCAUAAUAGUGUCAGAGGUUGCUCAUAUUUUUACAGCUAUGCAGCAUGUUGUGAUUUUUUGUCACAGAAUAAUUUAUUAUCAAUUAUUAGAGCACAUGAGGCACAAGAUGCUGGAUACCGCAUGUAUAGGAAGAGUCAGACAACAGGUUUUCCAUCACUAAUAACGAUAUUUUCAGCUCCAAAUUACCUAGAUGUUUAUAAUAAUAAAGCUGCCAUAUUAAAGUAUGAAAACAAUGUGAUGAACAUCAGACAGUUCAAUUGUUCUCCACACCCAUAUUGGUUGCCCAACUUCAUGGAUGUGUUCACAUGGUCACUACCAUUUGUUGGUGAAAAAGUGACAGAGAUGCUUGUGAAUGUUUUGAGUAUUUGCUCUGACAAUGAGCUGUCGACAGAAGAUGAUGAGGAUGAGGAGGAAGGAAGUGAAGGGUCCCGCAUAGCUAAUGUCCGUCACAAACAUGCUGGAAGUCAAGUACUUGUAGUAGACAGAGAGGCAAAUGGAGCUGCUUCAAGAAAGGAGGUGAUCAAGAACAAAAUCAGGGCCAUUGGCAAAAUGGCAAGAGUCUUCACUGUCCUUAGAGAGGAAAGUGAAAGUGUAUUACAGCUGAAGGGUCUAACUCCAAAUGGACUUCUUCCCUUGGGAGCACUGUCAGGAGGAAAGGAUACGUUGACAAGUGCUCUUAGUGGUUUCUCACCUUCUCAUAAGAUCAGCGGCUUUGAUGAAGCAAAAUGUUUGGACAAAAUGAACGAGAGGAUGCCACCACGUAAAGACGCAGUCAACAAUUCUCAUAAAAGCUAAAGUUCUGACAAUGUGAUACUCUGUGGAGCUGGUCUCUGUUCAUACGUGACCCUGAAACAAACUUAUUACAAUUGUCAGAUCAUGCUGUGUAGGUGGAAGCAUAUGCAUCUCUGGCACAAAGCUGGCCCUCCUGACCUUGGCAGCAGAUAGAUUCUGUCAAGGUGAAACCAUGAAGAGAGCAUGUUCUGAUAUUUUGAUUAUUUGUAGGAAGUGAAAUGAUGUCUGCUGCUCUAUCAGCAGCUGGCAUUAACCCUGAUUCAUCAUGACAUAGAAAAUCAUCUAAAUGCAUACACUAUACACAUACUAUAUAUACAUGUAUAUGACAACCCUGCGCUUUCUGUCAUUUCCUGACAAAGGUAUCUAGUCAAAUGUGGAGAAGUGUCUCUUCUAAGUCGGAUCAUGAAAACUUGUUUAGAGACAUGAAGAUGGCCAGCUUUUUGCUAGAAGUGUAGUGUGCAGGUGCAGUCUGAUCAGAAAGAACUUCAUGUGGAACAAAAGACAGCACAUUAUCACAAGCCAUAUGAAAAGUUUGUUAUCCAGGCUGAUUGCCCACAAAAGGCUAACCAAGGCAUUACCCUCUGUGUCGCAACAGUUCCUACUCUCCACAUCAGUCCAGUAUGGUUCAGCUGGUGCUGCAAUGGAAAUACAAUAUUGGGGUUGUUAGGACACAACUGUGAAGCAUGGAGCUAUGGAAUAAACAUAUGGCUGUGAGAUCAAUACUAAUCCUGCUGUGAAGAUAAAGAAGAUGAUCUAUAAAGGCACAGAUGGUGUUGCCACAAGUUAGAAAAGUGUAAGUUUGUGAUGUUAGUACCUGUAGAGGAGUUCACCUGGAAGAGAUGUGUCAUUUUAAUGGCAGAUGAUGCAUGUGAUGCUGGUGAUUGGGAAAAUAGACCCAAAUGAUAUAUUUAAAAUAUAUCGAGAUGAAGAUCUUGAGAUCUGCAUUGUUAUUGAACAAAUAAUAGCUCUUUCUUGAGAUAUUUAUUCAAAGUAACCUCCACUUGAUAUGGAGGAUAAAUCUGCUUCAUCAGGAUUGUUGUUACUUCUGUUGUUGACUUUCUCAUGUUGAUCCAUGAUAAUUCUGGUGGUGUAUACCCCCUGCCAGUGAUAUACAGAUUUUAAGUUUCCAUGAAAUUCUCCUCCCAAUUUAAAUAUGCUUAUCCUAAUUGUAUAAAAUAUUGUUUUCUAUUCCCAGUGAGUGCUUGAAUUAUUUUAUAGUAAGAGGUAUCCAUCUUCUAGAAUGUGAUGUUGUCAUCAUAAUUUUCCAUUUAAAGUUACAUUUUAGUUAAAUUUCUUUUGUUGUUUAUGUUAUUAAUUUAAAAAUAAUAUAUUUGUGUCUGGGUGUUUUUUUGCUUAGGCAAAUUUUAAAAAUAGUAUCUCACAAAAUGUUUGUGUGUGUGAACUAAUAUAUAUGGAAUACUUGCAACCAAGUAUUACAGUAUGUACAUCCGAUUGGCUUUUGGUACUUGUAAUUUUACCAGGGUAUGAUAUUGUAUAGUUUGGUUUCAACAACUAGUUCUGAUUCCAUUCAUUAACAAAUGUGGAUGGAAGAACAUCAAAAACAGAUUUCACAAUGUUUAAUAGUGUCGAUAAUUGUAGGAACUUGAGUUAAACCAAAUGUCUUUCAGGUUCACUCUGAAUCUCUUUGAUGACACUACUCUCAGCCAAUGGUUAGAAAACCUAACAAAUGACUGAAAAAUUAAAAAUGAACAAAUAUUUAUACAUAUGUACUUGCACAUUUACGUGCCAAUGAACAUGUGUGCAAAAGUUUUCAAGGAAUUAAUAGACUGAUUAGGAAAUUUCAUUUAUUUCCUUUUGUCUUACCAAAAUUUCCAGAUACACCCUAACAUAUCAGACAUUCAGACUGGUUCACACUGGAAUAUCAGUGUGCCUGUUAAUCUUUCAUAGAAUCAAAGUAAGUGGUAUUCAUUGACAGCUUGGACAAUAAAUAAAAAAUCUUAUUUAUUGAUUAGGUGUUACUGGUACAUACUGGACUAGUAUUAAAUGAUCGAGGAGUUCUAUCCUUUUGCCACAUCGGUGAUAUGCCUUGCUCAAAUUCAGUAAUAUUGUAGUGCUACGACUACUGGUGAACAAUGCCAUAUAGUCUUACCGUUGCUUUGUAUUAAAACUGUACAGUUGGUACUUUUAAGAUUUGUACAUCUGUAGUGUGUUGAAAAUGAACCAUUAGAAUUGUGCUAAUUAAGUUACAAUUGUAACUGCAUUUAUUUUAAAGCAUUGUCUAAGUUAUUCAAAUCAUUCCCGGAUACAUGAUAUAUAUGAUAGGUCAUCUUUGUACAAAUUGUUGACUAAAACAGUUUAUCUUAGUCUGUACCACAUCUGUUUAAGUAAAAGGUCUGGUUUUGUUGAAGGAGAAAUGUUGAAAGGGUACAAAAAAUCCUGCUAAAAAUAUAAAGCAAAGCACUGGUAUAAAAUUUCAGAGAAAAGAUUUUUCAGGCAUGUUUGGUGCUAGGUUUCAUGCACCAAAGCAGCAAAAUUUCAGUCUUUUUACAGAAGGAUUUAAACUGAAGUGAACUGAGAAGUAACUUCUUUUUAACAUAAAUAUGUGCUGAAAUUCUUUCAUUUAAUAUUUCAUCAUUGUUAAAAAUAUUGUAUGUUCUCAGUCAUGAUUGAAUGUUUCAAUACAAUAAAAAAAAACAUUUAUUUGAAAUUUUCUCAAACACUAUUAGAGUACAGGUAAAAAAUAAUGGCGCUUUUUUCAAAUCCAAUAAAUACAAUGUACACAAGGAGUCUGCGUGACAGGUCUACAAUAAAACAUAUCUCUUUAUCCUCUGUUUAGGUAAUUGCAGACAUCCCAUGUACAGUAAUGCUAAUUUGCCUGAGGCGUAACAGAGUUGAAUGAUGAUAGAAAUAUUGAGUGUGCAAUAAGUGUUGGUAUUUAUGCUGAAUGUUCUGUAAAAGAGGAAUAUACAUGUAGUUUGGAUCCUUAAAUCUGUUCACUGAUCUAGUGUAUAGGAGUUCUCCAUGCAUCUGUGCUAGUAUGAUUUUGUAAUAUAGCAAGCAUAUAAGAUUUGAGCAAAUCCUUUGAUUGUACUGUUUUCAGUUUAAUAGUUCCUGUCCUUAGCACAUUCAAGUUCAAUGAAGAUUCAAUAUUGUUCCUCUUUUUAAUACUCAUUCUGUAAUGAUGUAAUGCAUAUUUCAUCCAUGUUAAUAUGAAGAUAUGAGUAUGUUAUUGAAGUAAUUAUUGGUCCACCUGAUCAUCAUUUAUGAAACUAUUUAUUAAAUUUUGUUUUUAAAAAAUCUCUUUUGUUAAUAUAUGACAUAUUUUAUUAGUCUUGGUAUUCAAAAUGUUGUAUUUUCAAAAUGUUGGUAAAGCUCACAAGUUUUGCUUCGGAUUUACAUUUUAUUUCCGAUUACAAGAAGACUUGCUGUAUACUACUGAAGAAUUCAGAUGCCAGUCCAAUAGAAAACAGCUGUUUGCAUGUGCUUUAGGCUUAAGUCAUUUGAAAACAAAAUUGGUAUGAUCAAAGUGCACUAGGCCUACUGAAAUCUUGCAAUGUGAAAUGAGAUGUUGAUGGCAUAUGAUUAGUUCUUUUGUAUAUGUGUUUAUAAGUUAAAAUGUUGAUAAAGAACCUUUCAUGUUAACAUGCAUGUAGUUUAAAUUAUGAAAUCCUAUGUUGUACAUGUAUUUGUUUUUUCUUCAUUCUUUCAUUGCCAUCACUGUUGUUUUUAGAACAAGCUUAUGCACCUCUUAAACACAGUUGCUGGCAUUCCAUAAUGGCAACACAAAGCAUGAGCUAAGAAAAUUGAUCUGUUGAAAUAUCAAAUUCAUGUGUAUUGAGCUGUGAUUAUUAUAUGGUUUCAAGUGAUAUUUCAAACCUAAAAAGUCCCUUCAUUAAUAGUACAUGUAAACAAACUACAUCAUAGAUUUAUUAUAUAGGGAAGAAAAAUGUUGCAGAAGUUGGGUUGAACAUUAGUAAAUGUUAGAAUUCCAAAAUUUGACAUUUCAAUUAUUACUGUCGAUAAACAUUGAAGUUUGAAUGAAAUGUUUGAUGAUAAAAAGCUGCUUAUCUUGUCUGGUUUUGUUGUGUUGUCCUGUAAAUGAUGGGAUCUUGGUCAGGGAUAUGCUGUUAUGGCACAUGUUAGUAAUUUGGGAAAAAAAUCAAACAUUGGAAGUAUAUAGGUUGUCUUUUAGUAGCACAAUGACUGUCAUAUCAUUGUAAAUUAUUGGAAAACCCAUGUCUCAAAUGUUUGUGUGUUAUGACCCUGAUGAUUCUUUUAAACAAGCUGCAACAGUGGUGUAUGGUGAGCUCUUGCUGUUUUAUGGUAGCAUCUGUUUUGAAUGUGUACAAGAUUGAAAAAAAAAAUAUAUAACAUAUUUCAAAAUUCUAAUGGGUGUACGAUGUUGGCGAUAUCCCCAAAUUUUCAUAUGUAUUUAUGUCAUCUGUUAUUAUGAAUUAUGCACAGAUGAUAUAUUGUAAAAUGUUGUGAAACCAAAAGUUGCUGUAGUUGCAACCAAUAGAAUUUUUUUUUCUUUAUCAAUUCAUAUACUACUAAUAACAAAAAAAUGUUGACAUUGUACACUCAAUUUAUAGUUAGAUUUAGUAUUGAAACAUUUCUUUAUUUACUGAUUUGGUGAAAAACCAGGCAGUGAAUAAAGAAAUAGUUUUCUGCAUUCUCACAAUUUUGGCAGUUUUAGGUGUUGUUCCAAUUUAAGGUCUUGUGCUUGAGUCGAGACUCUUAUAUUGCCCUUCACAUAAUUUUUCUCUACCACCAAGAUCUUUUUUAUACUUAAUAAAUAUUUACAGUGUUACCAUUAA